AUGGCUGCAAUAAAUCCCUGCCUCCGGCUGGUGCACAUCGUCUGCUUUAAGUUCAAACCCGACACUCCCGCGUCAGUGCACCAGAGCAUGGCUGCUGAUGCAGAGGGGCUAACGAGCUCCAUAAAGACUAUUCAGUUUACCCUCUUUUUCCGCCCCUCUUUUACUGAAGAAAGAACUAAAGGGUUCACCCACGUGCUGCAUUCCCAAUUCAACAACCGGGCCGACCUCGAGACAUACGCUAAGCAUCCUCUCCAUUUAGAGUUUGUGGCGAAAUACAAACCUCACUUCGAAGACGUGAUGGCAUUUGACAUUGAAGUAUAA